AUGGAUGGUAAGAGAACAGCAGGACGCCAAAAAAUUCCACUAGAGAAAAUAGAAAAUGAAACUAAUCGAAAAGUCUCAUUUUCCAAACGUCGUUCAACUUUAUACAAAAAUGCCAGUGAAAUCAUAAGAGACUGCAAUGUCGAUCUUGGAAUAGUUUUAUCUUCCCCAAGUGGUAAACCGUGUGCCUUCGUGCACCCAACUACUGAUGUAGUCAUUGAUCAAUUUGUGGAUCCCAUAUUAGAAUUAGAUCUAGGUUCAAAACUUGUUGCUAAAGCUGCACGUGACAAUGCAAUUCAAAACAACAUCAGUCUAAAUGAACUUGAUGCAACAAAAAAAGUUGUAGAGGAAAAAAUAAGUUCCUUAGACCAAAUGAACGAGGCUGGAGAUGAAUGUUGGUGGGAGUCCAUUGACCGUUUCAAUGCUGAGAAUAUAACCAACUUUGAAAAUUUGUUGAAUUCUGCUGAGGAUUUCAUAAACGGCCAAUUGAAGAAGCCAGAAAAUGGAGCUUCGUCCUCCUUACAUCCUCCACAAGAGAAUGCAGAUAACUAA